AUGGCGGAAAACAAAGGAGGCGGUGGGGAGGGGGCCGCGGAGCCCGGCCCGGACGGUGGCGGCCAGGAGCCCGCGGCCACGUCCCCCUCCGCCUCCGCCCCGCCCGCGCCCGCCGUCGCCCCGCCCGAGGAGCGCGAGAGCCCCGGCGCGGCGGCCGAGAAGGGCCCGGCGGAGGCGGAGGCCGCGGCAGGCCCAGGUCCCGGCCCCAGCCCGGUGCCCCCCCUGCCGGCGGCCGCGCCGGGCCCGCUGUCGCUGCUGGACACCUGCGCCGUGUGCGCGCAGAGCCUGCAGAGCCGGCGGGAGGCCGAGCCCAAGCUGCUGCCCUGCCUGCACUCCUUCUGCCGCCGCUGCCUGCCCGAGCCCGAGCGCCAGCUCAGCGUGCCCGUGCCGGGCGGCGCCAACGGCGACAUCCAGCAAGUUGGUGUGAUCAGGUGUCCAAUAUGCCGCCAGGAGUGCAGACAGAUAGACCUGGUGGAUAACUACUUUGUGAAGGACACUUCGGAAACACCAAGUAGCUCUGAUGAGAAAUCAGAACAGGUGUGCACUAGUUGUGAAGAUAAUGCUAGUGCUGUGGGCUUUUGUGUGGAAUGUGGGGAAUGGCUGUGCAAGACAUGCAUAGAAGCACAUCAGCGAGUAAAAUUUACUAAAGAUCAUAUGAUCAGAAAGAAAGAGGAUGUCUCCUCAGAGGCCGUGGGAGCAUCCGGUCAACGUCCUGUUUUCUGUCCUGUCCACAAACAAGAACAGUUAAAACUUUUCUGUGAAACAUGUGACAGACUGACAUGCAGAGACUGUCAGUUAUUGGAACACAAAGAACACAGGUAUCAGUUUUUGGAAGAAGCUUUUCAGAAUCAGAAGGGUGCAAUUGAGAAUCUGUUGGCCAAACUUCUUGAAAAGAAGAAUUAUGUUAAUUUUGCAGCUAAUCAAGUGCAGAAUAGGAUAAAAGAAGUAAAUGAAACUAACAAACGAGUAGAACAGGAAAUCAAAGUGGCUAUUUUCACCCUCAUCAAUGAAAUCAAUAAAAAGGGAAAAUCUCUCUUACAGCAGCUUGAGAAUGUGACAAAGGAAAGACAGAUGAAGCUAAUACAACAGCAGAAUGACAUCACAGGGCUUUCGCGGCAGGUGAAGCAUGUGAUGAACUUCACCAACUGGGCCAUUGCAAGUGGUAGUAGCACUGCAUUGCUAUACAGCAAGCGGCUGAUUACGUUCCAGUUGCGUCAUAUUUUAAAGGCACGAUGUGAUCCUGUUCCAGCUGCUAACGGAGCAAUACGCUUCCAUUGUGACCCCACAUUCUGGGCAAAGAAUGUCGUCAAUUUAGGUAACCUUGUUAUUGAAAAUAAACCAACCCCUGGCUACACUCCUAAUGUUGUAGUUGGACAAGUUCCUCCAGGAACAAACCACAUCAACAAAGCCCCUGGACAAAUUAAUCUAGCACAGCUGCGGCUCCAGCAUAUGCAACAGCAGGUGUAUGCACAAAAACACCAGCAGUUGCAACAAAUGAGGAUGGGACAACCAGCUGGGCCCCUUCCUAGGCAAGCAGGCCCUCAGAUGUUACAGCAACAGCCUCCUAGGUUGAUCAGCAUGCAGACCAUGCAGAGGGGUAACUUGAACUGUGGGGCUUUCCAAGCACACCAGAUGAGAAUGGCUCAGAAUGCUGCUCGUAUACCAGGAAUACCACGCCAUAAUGGACCACAGUACUCCAUGAUGCAGCCGCACCUUCAGAGACAACAUUCUAACCCAGGGCAUGCCGGGCCCUUUCCAGUUGUUUCAGUGCACAACAACACUAUCAAUCCAACUAGUCCUACGACAGCUACCAUGGCAAAUGCAAACCGUGGUCCAACAAGUCCAUCUGUUACAGCAAUAGAACUUAUUCCUUCAGUCACAAACCCAGAGAAUCUACCUUCCUUGCCAGAUAUUCCACCCAUACAGCUGGAAGAUGCUGGUUCAAGUAAUUUAGAUAACCUACUAAGUAGAUAUAUCUCAGGCAGUCACCUACCCCCUCAGCCUACAAGCACCAUGAAUCCUUCCCCAGGACCCUCAGCCCUGUCUCCAGGAUCAUCAGGGUUAUCCAAUUCCCACACCCCAGUGAGGCCACCCAGCACCUCCAGCACAGGCAGCAGAGGCAGCUGUGGUUCAUCAGGCAGAACUGCUGAGAAGACUGGCAUGAACUUCAAGUCUGACCAUGUGAAAGUCAAGCAAGAGCCGGGGACAGAGGAAGAGAUAUGCAGUUUCUCAGGAGCAGUGAAGCAAGAAAAAACAGAGGAUGGCAGGAGGAGUGCAUGCAUGCUUAGCAGUCCUGAGAGCAGCUUGACACCACCUCUCUCCACUAACUUGCAUCUGGAAAGCGAGUUGGAAGCAUUAGGAAGUCUUGAAAAUCAUGUAAAAACUGAACCAACAGAUUUAAGUGAAAGUUGCAAACAGUCUGGACAUAGUCUUGUAAAUGGGAAAUCGCCAGUGCGAAGUCUAAUGCAUCGGUCAGCUAGAGUUGGAGGAGAAGGCAACAACAAAGAGGAUGAUCCAAAUGAAGACUGGUGUGCUGUAUGCCAAAAUGGAGGCGAUCUGUUAUGUUGUGAAAAGUGCCCAAAAGUGUUUCACCUCACUUGUCAUGUACCAACACUUCUCAGCUUUCCAAGUGGGGAGUGGAUAUGUACGUUCUGCAGAGAUCUAAGCAAACCUGAAGUAGAAUAUGAUUGUGACAAUUUGCAACAUAGUAAGAAGGGGAAAACAGCACAAGGCUUAAGUCCUGUGGACCAAAGGAAAUGUGAACGUCUCCUGCUUUACCUAUAUUGCCAUGAGCUGAGCAUUGAAUUCCAAGAGCCAGUCCCAGCCUCGAUACCAAACUACUAUAAAAUUAUAAAGAAACCAAUGGAUUUAUCUACAGUAAAAAAGAAGCUGCAAAAGAAACAUUCCCAGCACUACCAAACUCCUGACGAUUUUGUGGCAGAUGUCCGGCUGAUCUUCAAGAACUGUGAAAGGUUUAAUGAAAUGAUGAAAGUUGUUCAAGUUUAUGCAGAAACACAAGAGAUUAAUUUGAAGGCUGAUUCAGAAGUAGCACAGGCAGGGAAGGCAGUUGCAUUGUACUUUGAAGAUAAACUUACAGAGAUCUACCCAGACAGGACCUUCCAACCUUUGCCUGAAUUUGAGCAGGAAGAGGAUGAUGGUGAAAUAACUGAGGACUCCGAUGAAGAUUUUAUACAGCCACGUAGAAAACGUCUAAAAUCAGAUGAAAGACCAGUGCAUAUAAAGUAAUCUGAUAAUAUGGACCUAAACCUAUUGUAAAAACUGUUAUUUAAGUGUUCCUGGAAUAUCAUCAUGCCUUCAGUGGUCAUUUUGAAGAAGCUGAUAGCUUUUAGACAGUAUUAGAUUACAAAAAAUAUGUGUACAGAAACAUUCUUGUCAAAGGGGGAAAAGUUUGGUUGUAAUUUUUUGUGGGGUUGGAUUAUUUGGAAUUCCCUUUUCUUUUCCCGAGGACACUCUCGGCAUGUUCUCACAGUUAGAGGUGGGUGAAUGUUGAUAAAGAUGCAGAGUUGAUAUAGGAUGCUCCUUGUACAGAUAAGCGGACUGCCAUACUGCUUAGUGAACUUUUCUGCAAGACUGGACCAAUACAGCAACUGUAUAUCACUUUCACGAUGGACUGCCGUCUAAACUGUAAGAAACUAUGCUAAAACAUCCCCUUUUGUGUGAAUUUAAGUGUGAAUUGCAUCAUUGCUUUUAUCACCUUCUCAUUUAAGUGAUGUUGUAAGUAACUGAUCUUCUGUGUUAAUUCAGAUAUCUAGAUUCUGCUUUCUUUACAACGUUUUAUGUAUAGAAACAUUACAAAUGAUCAUUAAACUGUUCUAAAUUGGCAA